AUGGUUUUUGAGUGGCAAGACGAGGGCAAGCUCCAUCGUGUCCCCAAGCUCGAGCCUGGCCCUCCCAACGUCUACUUUGGUGACAUCUUCACCACUGCCUCUAGCGAUGCGCCCAACCCGCUGACCGGGUCUCUCUUCCUCCUCGAAAAGUUGGAGAAUCCAGACCCGGCGCCCAAGUACGAAUAUGACGAGAGCGGUAUCGUCGUCAAAGGUGAAUUGCACGUCGCGGAUGAAAAGGGCAACACGGCAAAGCUGCUGCCCGGUGACACAUUCUUCAUCCACCGCGGCAGCACCAUUACCUUUUCGACACCUCGGUACGCCGUCGCUUACAAGGUCGCCGCCCGGCGCAAGAUGCAUUGA